CCUCAUUUAAUAGUUCUUCUUUUUAAAAUUAAAUGUAGUCAAUUGACUCUUCACUGUUUUACAGCUACAUAAGCACAUACAUCACAGUAGUGCCAUUUUACUCUUGUUGGUGGUGAUUGGCAGAUUAAGCAACAGAUUAUUAAAGUAGCAAAUCACAUAUUAUCAAAUCAAACGCGGCUUAAUACAAGGAACAAUAGUGAUUGACUGCAGAGCUGUCUAUACCAGAAUGCAGAUAUUAUCAUAUCUACCACAUUUAUAUCGAAUCUAGUUUCGACAUGAACAUAAUCAGGCAAUAUAAGCUGCAUUUAAAGAGCAGUAUUAUGACAACAAUCGGCUACGUCCGGAAAUCAAAAUCAGCAGAAUCACAUAUGACACGUUGCCGGCUGAUCAAUAAGAUGAUCAAGAUACAGAGAGAUAAAAACCUCUGCACUAAAGUAUAUGUUUCAAAGAGAUAAAGUUGUCAACUGUUUGCUUCUGGAGCAGUUAAAAGAUUGUGAUGGAUCUAUUCAAGAUCUGAUAUAUCAACUUGAGAGCAAGUUCAGCAAAGCUCGGCUUGUAGUUUUAGACUACGCUAGUUUAUUGACAAAUGUCGAUGACAGUAAGUCUUUUUGGCAAACACUUGGUGUAAUCAAAAAUGCACUCAAAAAUAAACUAAUGCUAUGGACGUUUUCUUGGGGCGCUACAAGUGACAUCGCUUUACAACUUUACACUGCUAAAAUCUCUGUCUAACCUAAAGCUUUCCAGUUCACUCUCUCUGAUAUAA